GUUGUAUGUGUUGGAGCUUGUGAACACAUUAAACUUGAUUGCAUCGGACUCUACCUGUCUCCAGUGUUUCUUUGAAUAUUACUUAGUAGAAUCCAAAGUAUCAGAUCGACAUCAGAGGACAACUGAGAAGUUACGUGGAGGAUGAGGUCGGGAGCCUACAGGCCCACUUCCAGGCACCGAUUUUUACCUCUACAGGCUAUAAUAUGAAAAGAUUUCUCACUGACUGAUGACUGCGUGGUCUGGAUCCAGGCAGCAGAAUCGUUAGCUGUCCAACUGGAAAUGGAGCCCUUUCCUGACCAGUUCACGGAGUUCCACCCGAUCCAUGGUACCAAUGUCAGACUGGACCACUCAGGGACUAAGGCCACCAGGGUGGAGAGCUUUGCAAACGGAGUGUGUUUCAGCAAACACCCUCUGAAGCCUGGGGAGAUUUUUCUCAUAGAGAUCGAGGAUAAGGAGCUGGGCUGGUGUGGCCACCUGCGGGUUGGCCUGACCGCCAGGGACCCCGGGAGCUUAGACGUGGUACCUGAAUACUCCAUCCCGGACCUGACAGACUCAGGGGACAGCUGGGUAUUUGCCAUCACUCGCAACCACAACAAGAUCAUAGAGGAUCCUGAAGCGGAGGCUCAAGAGGCUGGAGAUGGAGGACUGGGUGGGGGUCAGAGGCUUGGACGAGGGGAGGUUGAAGAUGGAGUUGGAGGUGGUGAGAGAGAUGAAGGAGGAGGCAACAUAAGCAAACCAAAGACUUUUUUCACUGACUCUCACUUGCACAUUGGGGAUGUUCGCAUCCCCAGAGACAAGCUGGUCGGUCGGAGCAGGCCCGGACGCUACAGCCACAUAUUGGACGACUUGUAUAAGACCAACGCUCUGCCUCCCACAGCCAGACGCAGCCGCAUUGGAGUACUGUAUGUGCCUAAAGGGCAAGGCCUGGCUGACAUGCACAUUAUCAUCAAUGGUGAGGACAUGGGAGCGUCUGCGAAGGGGAUUCCCUCCAUCCAGCCUCUGCACGCUGUGGUGGACGUCUUUGCUGCUACUAAGUGUGUCCAGAUUGUCCAGGUGGAGUAUGGAUUCUCGUCGUUGCAGACGUUAUGUAGGAAGGCCAUCCAGAAGCACAUUGUCCACAGGAUGGCGAUCGAUUGGCUGGAGCUGCCAGAGGCACUUAAGCACUACUGCAAGUAUGAAUAAAGGAUACAGCCCUGCCAUGGACAGAAACACAAUAUCUGAACUCUCUUCCAGUUUUUAACCUGCCAGACACUGAUAGCGCUGACAUCAUUUGUCUGUGAUGACAACUGCUAACUGAAAUAAAUUCACGGUAUUUGUUAGUUUGGCUCUC